ACUCGACUCACAUGACCGCUUUUGACGUUUUGACAGGUGUUGCUUUUUCCAAUAAAGGGAGGCAAGAUGAGUUACGGUAUGGUGUCGGCCAUGGCCAUUAUACCGGUACGCGGCUUCUUCGGGUAUAUACCAGGUACUGAUUGAUUGGACUUUGUUCAGAUUUGUAUUUCAAGCAAGAUGACUUCAUCAUCGAUUCUAGUGGGUCUGUUGUGCGCUUCGGGCAGCGCAGUGUUCAACGGGAGUUUUACGUCCCUCUUUAAAACCGAAAAGAUGCGAGUCGUGGAGAUUCAUCCCAUGGUGUUCCAGCUCUAUGUCUGCCAAGGAAUCUUUCUCUCUUCCUUUCUCGUCGUACCAUUUCUUUCGUUCAAUGAAAGCAUUCAGUCUGAUUUUGGGACUGCAUUCCAACUCAGCGGAAUGGGCAUGGUGGCGGGAUUUCUGUUUGUCGUGGCAGUUUCUGCAAGUUUCUUGGCGGUCAAUGAUAUCGGUGUUGCCUUGGCACAAGGGAUCUGGGGUGGCGGGGCGAUGCUGGUAUCCUACCUUUGGGGAGUCCUUGUCUUUGGCGAAAUACCCUCCAAGCCAUUGCUGUCUUUUACGGCAUUGCUCGUCUUGAUUGCCGGAGUGAUUGCCGUGGCUUUUAGCGAGACGAUUGGAGAGAAACUCUUUGCCAGGCUACUAUCCUCCAACGAGAGUACUCCUCUUGUAUCUGCGACAGCAGAUGGAAAUUCCACAGUGGCAGCAGAGUCAUCGCCCAACUGCAUUCGCGGCGUUCUGUGGGCAAACCUCGUGGGUCUCUCGGGAGGAUCCAUCCUGGCUCCGCUACACUACGUCCCGCCAGCAAAACAGGGCCUCGUCUUUCUACCCUCCUUUGGCAUUGGCACCUUCCUCCUAUCUCCCAUGUUCUUUUUGGCGUUUACAAGGGUCACAAGAGAGGUCCCUCCCUUGCAUUGGAAAGAGGCUCUGACCACGGGCAUUUGUUCUGGCUUGAUUUGGAAUUUGGGCAACCUGCUUUCCAUCAUUGCAAUUCCUGCCAUUGGUUACGGAGUGGCGUAUCCCAUCAUGCAAUGCGCCAUACUAGUCAGUGGCUUGUGGGGAAUUCUAGUGUUUCGAGAAAUCACAAAACCAACUACGAUUCGGGUCUUUUGGAUUGGUGGCAUUGUGUUGGUGUUGGGUGGUUCAUUGUUGGCCAUGGCGCAAUGACAAGCUAUCUAUAGAUAGAUCUACUAUAUUCUAAUCUCAUCAUACCUCU